AUGGCACGGCGAAUGAACCUACUGAACAUAGAAAAGAACAUUCAGAAUUUAUGGAAGGAACAUAAUGUGUACGAAAAGGAAUUCAUUGAUAAUAAUGAGUCGAGGUUCACGGGUAAUUUCCCCUACCCAUACAUGAAUGGAUUGUUACACAUAGGCCAUGCCUUCACGUUGAGUAAGUUGGAGUUCCUUAUCCGUUACAAAAAUAUGACAUGCCAGAAUGUGUUGCUCCCAUUUGCUUUUCACUGCACAGGCACACCGAUUGUGGUGUGUGCUGAUAAAUUAAAGAACGAGUUAAAAGGAAAAGUUCUGGGAAAAUCCUCAGAGGGUAAUAAAAGCGAUAUUACCAAUGAUAAAAACGAGCUGGAUGCAAACCUUCUUGCGACCACCAAGCUGGAGCAAGAGCCAGAAAAAAAAAAACAGACAGAUGCAACGGUUUUCAGGUCCAACAAAAGUAAGCAACAAUCAAAGGGAUCCAAACAGAAUACACAAUAUGAAAUUAUGAAGCAAAUGGAUAUAAGUGAUGAAGAAAUUCACCAUUUCCAAAAGCCACAAUAUUGGUGUUAUUAUUUUUCCUCCAAAGCGAAGGAACAUUUGAGUUCUUUAGGUCUCUUUUGUGACUGGAGGCGAUCCUUCAUCACCACCAACAUGAAUCCAUAUUACGAUAAAUUUGUGAAUUGGCAUUUCAACAGCCUUUAUAAGAAGAACCUAAUUUAUUACGGGAGCAGAAUCACCAUCUUCAGCCGAGUGAAUAAUCAGGCCUGUGCGGAUCAUGAGAGAUCUGAAGGAGAAGGAGUGAAAUGCCAGGAAUUCACACUCAUCAAAAUAUAUGUACAUGAUUAUAAGGAAUUUUACGAAAUUUAUUUAAGAAAUAAAAAACUGAAUGAGAAGGAUUCUUUAAAAAAUGAAAAUGUCAAUGAGAACUUCUUUAGCCAGAAAAAAAUUAUCCUCCUUGCUAGUACAUUAAAACCAGAAACAGCAUAUGGACAGAAUUACACCUUCGUGAACCCAGGUGAGUAUUACUACGUUACCUUAGGGUUCAACAAACAGAGGUUGCACUAUGGGGAUAAGAACUACGUGAACAAUGUUAUGACAAGGGAUGAGAUCAUCGAUUCUUGUGAAAAUGUGUACAUAUGUUCAGAGAAUAGCUUGUACAAUUUGGCCUAUCAGGGUGUAAUACCUAUGCUUUCGAAAGGCUCUUGUGGUUCUUCCAAGGCGACUGGUCAGUCAAGUGACCACUGCACCGACUCGCUCAACUCCCACAGUGGCAAAGGCACACGUGGUACAGAAGAUACCUUAUCCCCCUUUAGCGACCUCCUUAUCCUGAUGAAAAUAAAAGGGGAGGAGCUUGUCGGAUUGCGAACCUACUCAAAUUUAUCAGAAAAGAAGGAUUUAUACAUUCUUCCGAUGACCACCAUAAAAAUGAAUAUCGCCACAGCCAUCGUCCCAUGUGUAUCUAGUGACAGCGCCGACGACUAUGCGUGUCUGCAGGAUAUAAGAAGAAAGCAAGCAUACUAUUGUGAAAAGUACAAUCUGAAAGACGAAUUUUUGCACAAUGAAAGUUUCUCCUGUAUUCAAUUACCAGAUAUCGGGGACAACACGGGCAAGUAUUUUUACGAAAUGGAAAAAAUAUCUUCAUAUAAAGAUGCCAAGCUACAGAAAGUUAAAGAGACCUUAUAUAAGAAACAGUAUUUUGAAGGCACAAUGACGGUGGAACCAUAUAAAGGCAUGAAAAUUUACAAUUGUAGAAAGUUAGUAAAGCAGUACAUUAUAAAAAAUAAUGAGGGCUUCUUGUACAGCGAACCCGAGGUGCUAGUCAUGGACAGAAAUAAUGCCAAGUGUAUUGCUGCGUUAUGCAACCAAUGGUAUAUUAAUUAUGGUAACUUGGAUUUUAAAAAAGAGGUACUGAUUCAGAUGAAGAAGAAUAAUUUCCAAACCUAUAAUGAGGUAUUACACAAGCAAUUACAACAUGUGAUUUUUUGGCUUGAUGACUGGUCCUGUAGUAGGGCCUAUGGGCUCGGAACACAAAUGCCCGAUUUCAAUGCGCUACAACAGGGGGGGGAAGGCCAAGAAGGAACAAUGUCACAGGGUAGUAGCACGGCUAAGAUGCAGGCGGAGGGAAUGGUAGGAGAUGCUAAAGAGGGUAGUGAUAUCAUUACAAAACUUAGGAGUGAGGGAGAAGGAAUGACUCAGCCUGGAGCUGACUCGGGGAAGGAACUAAUUGAAAGUUUAUCCGAUUCGACGAUCUACAUGGCGUACUACACGAUCAGCCACUUCCUACAGGGAAACGUGGAUGGAAGUGUGCGAGGUCUCCUGGACAUCGACGCGGCAGAUCUUAACGAUGCCUUCUUCGACUACGUUUUUGACAUAAGUGAUGACACAGAAAAAAUCAGUAAAAAUAUUAGUGUGGACAAGUUGCAAAGGAUGAGAAGGGAGUUUCAGUACUGGUACCCAUUCGACGUGAGAAUAUCAGGCAAGGACUUAAUCUUUAACCAUUUAACAAUGGCUUUAUUCAACCACGUAGCUAUUUGGGGUGAUAAAAUAUACAACAACAAACAGAAGGAGACGAAUGAUGAGAAGAGCAUCUUAGAGCGACAAGGAGAAAUUCUAAACGAAAUUGAUCAGCUCGAUUUGGAUGCACACAAAACGAUUAAAUAUUUUCCAAAGUCAUUUUUCUGUAACGGACAUGUUCUAGUAAAUAAAGAGAAAAUGUCGAAAAGUAAAGGAAAUUUUAUUACAUUAAAAGAAAGUAUAAAUCAGUACACAAGUGACGGGACUAGGAUCGCUUUGGCAGAUGCAGGUGAUUCAAUUGAGGAUGCAAACUUCAACACGGAUACAGCGAAUAGUGCCAUUAUGAAGUUGUAUAAUUUAAUAAACUUUUCCAUCGAAACUAAAAAUAAUGUUUACAUAUUCCGAUGUGGAGAAAAAACAUUUAUCGAUUCCAUUUUCGAAAAUGAAAUAAACUAUCUUACCAAUAAGUGUAAGGAAUCCUAUGAGAAACUUCUAUUCAGGGAUGUUCUCAAGUAUGGCUUCUACGAUAUGCUUCUGAAAAGAGAUACGUACCGAAUUAUGUGUGAUAAAAUUCACAUGCACAAAGAGACAGUUAACUUUUUUAUAGAAAGAAUUUGCCUGAUCAUCCACCCCCUCAUUCCCCAUGUCACGGAACAUAUUUGGACAUAUAUAUUAAAGAAGGAGGAUUUUCUCGUCAACCAAAAGUGGCCUUCCUCUGACGACACCAGUUACUCUAUCGUUAUGCACAAGCAGUACAACAACCUCCUUAACGUUGUCGAGAUUUUUAGGAAAUCGUACGAUAAGGUAAUUAACAAGAACAACAAGCAGAAGGGCGUCAAGGGUACCACAAGUGCCAACGCUGCCGGAAGCGGCGCGAAGCGCGCACCAGAUGAGACCGGCACGCCAGACGAGCAGAAGGACAUAGACAACAAGGAGGAUGAUGACGAGGGAACCAAGUUCAAAGCCAUCGUCUACGUUGCCAAGGAGUACAACGACACACAAAAAAGAAUCAUCGAAAUUCUUAACAGAAUUAUUAACAACAGUGAAGAUAAAAAAUUGCCCACUAACUAUAUCAACCUUUUGGUGCAAAACGAUUAUGUAAAUAAAUUGCCGAAAAAUGAGAAAAAAGAAAUCUUAAGCUUUGCUACUUUUCUAGUGAAGGACAACGUUACCCUCAACAACAACCAGUACGAGCUCAGUCUUCCCUAUGAUGAAAUACAACUUAUAAAGAACAACGUAGAAUUUAUAAGGAGGAGUUUAAACCUUGGAGAUAUUCACAUUAUGGAAAAUACAAAUAAAUCCCACAUUGACGAUACAGAUAUUUAUAAAUUAGCCAACCCGGGAAAUCCUUCCAUUUUUAUGUACACCACGGAGUCGUAA